CAGUCACCGACGAUCGACGCCAGCCAAUUCCGGUCGCUGCAUUCUGCCAACGACCCGCCACGACCAUCUUUCUUAUCCUUUAACCUUUCGUACAAUUAACACCAUUCUACAUGUUAGACCAUUGUUCAAUAUCUCACAAGGGAGGAAUAGUCCUUUGGUCGCGUUCCUUUACACCCGCAGCUGCCCAAGCGGCCGCAUCGUCGUCUUCUCCAGUGAACUCCUUAAUUCGGGAAGCCUUGAUCGAAGGUCGCACAGCGGAGGACAAGUAUGAGAAGGAUGGUUACGCGGUCAAGUGGUCGUUCGUCAACGACCUCGAGCUUAUCUUUGUGGUUGCCUAUCAACGGAUAUUGCAGCUCACGUACAUCGACGAACUCCUUGCCACGUUGAAGAAUAUAUUCGUCAAGCUUUUCGAACCUUUCCUUGCUACCUUCCUGGCGUCCUUGCAUGCCGCUACUAGUGGAAGUGCUAUCAUAGCCUCCGGCCAGUCUGCAGCAUCAUGGAAUUUUGCCAAGGCUUUCGAGAACUGGGAUGCUGUCUUUGACAGAAUACUACACGGACUUGAGAGCAAAGCAGCCCAGGAUCGUAAGGCGCGUUACAAGCCAGUCCAGAUCUCAAUUGAGCCUAGCCCUCCAUCCGAUGAUAUGAGCACCAUUCCUUCUCAAUCUGCUGAGACGACAGUCGACGAAGAGCAGAUUGCAAGGAAUGUUCAAGCCCUGAAGAACCGAUUGAGAGGCAAAGGUGCCCGUGGUGGUCGGCGUGGGCCGGGGCGUUCGGAUAUUGGAAGUGGGAGAGAAAGCCUCCCUGGUUCCGAUUCUGAUACUCCGGUCAAACGCAAGACCAAAACCAAGACGCAGCGCAAAUGGGGAGAACAGGCUCCUACAGAGUCAGAUAUGGCUUCACUUGAUUUCAGUUACGAAAAGCCCGGUGAUGCUGAUGCCAACCGUGGCUCUCUCGACUUGAACGCUCUCGUUGACAGGGAUUCCCUUGGUACUCGAACGCAAAACGGGAUGUAUGAAGUGAAGGAUUGGGAGUUUGGGUUGAAAGAUAGCGCUGCAGAUGACAUGAUUAGCAAAGCACUGAUGUCUUCUCAAACCUCCAAGCCGACCUCGUCAUCCGGUUCAUUGGGUGCUCUGGGUUCUUUGUUUGCUCGCCUGACGGGAUCCAAGGUACUGACCGAGGACGACCUUAAACCUGUGCUUGAGGGCAUGAAGCAACAUCUCAUGAAGAAGAACGUAGCGAAAGAGAUCGCGGACAAGGUCUGUGAAGGCGUUGGUGAGAGUUUGGUUGGCAAGAAAGUAGGGGGUUUUCAAACGAUCAAUGCUGCCGUCCGCCUUGCUUUGUCGAAUAGCUUGACAAGGAUCCUCACACCCAAGACAUCCACGGAUUUACUUCUUUCGAUACGAACGAAGCUGUCCGCGCCGUUACCUUCGUCACAGCAGCGAAUGCCCUACAGUAUCACGUUUGUUGGUGUCAAUGGCGUCGGCAAGAGCACCAAUCUGUCCAAAGUAUGCUUCUGGCUCAUCCAGAAUGGUCUUCGGGUGUUGAUCGCAGCGUGUGAUACUUUCAGGAGUGGCGCCGUUGAGCAGCUGCGAGUCCACGUCCGUAAUCUGAGUAUGCUCGGUGUGAAUGGUGCCACAGAUAGCAAGGGCAGAGUCGAGCUCUAUGAGAGGGGAUAUGGCAAGGACGCUGCUGGUAUCGCCAAAGAAGCCAUUGCUUACGCUCGAGAUCACGACUUUGAUGUUGUUCUCAUUGAUACCGCAGGACGGAUGCAAGACAACGAGCCCUUGAUGCGAGCACUAGCAAAGCUUGUCGCCACUAACAACCCCGACAAAAUCAUAUUCGUUGGAGAAGCUCUCGUGGGCAACGAAGCAGUUGACCAAUUGACAAAAUUCGACCGCGCCUUACGAGACUUUUCUGCUGCAUCGGGUGGGGUUGGUAAACAGCGUGGCAUUGAUGGUAUGCUCGUGACAAAAUGGGAUACCGUGGAUGACAAGGUGGGAGCUGCCUUGUCGAUGACUUAUGUGACUGGCCAACCCAUUAUAUUUGUCGGAUGUGGACAGGUGCGUUUUCUAGUUCUGCUGGUCCAGCAGGGAUGCAAUGAACUGACGGAUGAUCACUUUGUGUACACCAUCGAACAGACGUAUACCGAUCUGCGUCAACUCAGGGUUUCGAAUGUCGUGCAGGCGAUUUUGAGCGAUUGAACUAUGCGAAUUGCGCGCCUUGACGUUGUUGGACGAUGCUCAGCACCUCCGUCAACUUUGUGUUACUCUAUAUCCUCACUUGUCAUCUUUCUAUCUAUUUAUCAUGGAUCUAUAAACUAUCUGCAGGUACUUCACUUUACGGUAUACCUCAAGAAAUGGCUUAUCUGAGCUGAAGC